GUCGCUUGUGCUACUUACUCUGUGUUACCCCUCCACGAUGUCGAAGCAGUUUCAGUUCAAGCUCGUUCUUCUAGGCGAGUCGGCCGUCGGGAAAUCCAGCUUGGUCCUGAGGUUUGUGAAAGAUCAGUUUGACGAUUACCGGGAAAGUACGAUUGGUGCCGCGUUCUUGACACAAACAAUUACCUUAGAGGACCAGACAACUGUUAAGUUUGAAAUAUGGGAUACAGCGGGUCAAGAGCGAUACAAAUCUCUUGCGCCAAUGUACUAUCGCAACGCAAAUUGUGCAGUUGUCGUGUAUGACAUCACCCAAGCAGCUUCUUUGGAGAAGGCGAAGACAUGGAUUCGUGAACUGCAACGCCAAGCGGACCCAUCGAUAGUAAUAGCUCUGUGUGGCAAUAAAUUGGAUCUCUCCGCACGCAGACAAGUUACGGAGGAGGAAGCGAGUAAAUAUGCCGAUGAAGAAGGUCUUCUGUGGAGCGAGACGAGCGCAAAGACAGGAGAGGGUGUAAACGCCAUUUUCAAUGCAAUUGCCAAGAAGCUUCCGUUAACUGCACCGCCCUCAGCCCGUGGUGCUCGCGUUGCAGCACCUGGCGCUACGCGGCAGAGUGUGGACCUCAACAGGCAGUCAACAGCUCACGGUAGCGAAGCUUGCAAUUGCUAGAUUUUAUGUACAAUGCCACACAUGCCGUAUGGAACUUCCCUUUAUCUGACUUAGUCUGUUCCCGCCCUUACUAGCCGUAAUCAUAACCUACUUCAAUGCUGAACCUCCCAGGAUACAUAUUCAUCGCCGCCGAUAUCAAGCCAGAAGUUGGGGAGAUGAUCAGCUUGGUAUGAUGAUUCUGUUUUAAGCCAGUUUCAAUGAAUG